AUGACCAUUUCUAUUUUCUCCCACGCGCAGUGGAACAACAAUCAAUAUAUUGAAAAAUCUGAGAAGUAUGCUCCGGUGAAUUCGUGCAUAAAAGGUCAAUUGUACGGAUUUGGUCAUAUGAAACUUUUGUUGCUUUUCUUAGACAUAAAGAGGUACUUUCAAUUGACAACGAAGUUGAAGCAGAGAGGCAAACGACAACUUGUACCACAUGAGGUUGAGCAUCACAAGAAAGUGUUUGUGAAUCAAACAGACAUGGGUUGUAGCUGCUUUGGUUCCAAACGUGUACAAAAGAAAGAGAUAAACACUCGUCCAGAAUUAGAAGGUUUUCCUCUAGAUAACAUAAGGAAUUUUUCAUAUAGAGAAUUAAGAUUAGCAACCGAUAACUUUGAUCGAAGUGCAAAGAUCGGGCGAGGUGGUUUUGGAAUCGUUUACAAGGGAAUCCUGAAUAAUGGAACACAAAUAGCUGUAAAAUCGCUUAGUGCUGAAUCAAAGCAGGGAGUUCGUGAAUUUUUAGCAGAAAUAAAUGCGAUAUCAAAUGUGAGACAUCGAAACCUAGUCGAGUUGAUCGGGUGUUGUGUUGAAGGAACUCAUCGUAUUUUAGUGUAUGAAUUUUUGGAAAAUAACAGCCUUGACUCUGCGCUUUUAGGUAAAAAAAUCCAUAUUGCAGAGCUGAACUGGAAACGAAGAUCUGAGAUCUGCAUUGGAACAGCACGUGGUCUUGCAUAUCUUCAUGAAGAACUUGAGCCACAUAUUGUGCAUAGAGACAUUAAAGCUAAUACCAUUACUCAUAUAAGCACCAAAAUAGCCGGAACUACUGGUUAUUUGGCUCCUGAAUACGUAUUGGGUGGGCAGUUGACAUUGAAAGCGGACGUUUAUAGCUUUGGGGUUCUCGUUCUUGAGAUAAUUAGCGGUAGAGGCAGUUCAACGUCAGGUUGGGGUCCAUCACAGAAACUUCUAUUGGAAUGGGCGUGGGAGCUGUAUGAAGAGGAGAAACUGUUGGAGCUUGUGGAUCCAGAGCUAAAAACAUAUGAUUCGGAGGAAGUGAUAAAGUACAUAAAAGUAGCUUUCUUUUGUACUCAAGCGACCGCCAGCCGUAGGCCAAUCAUGAGCCAGGUUGUCGACAUGCUGUCAAGAAACAUUCGACUAAACGAAAAACAAUUGACGCCGCCAGGUUUUUUCCAAGAUUCUAGCGGGAAUAAAAAGGUAUCUUCUGACGCUUCCACCAGCCGCCAGAUAACUUCUUUUCCCACCACAAUUACACAAGUAACCCCUCGAUGAAUUAAGAAUAAGAAGAGAACAUACAUAGUUGAUGAUUUAUUUAUGAGCCGCCAUAUUCGUAUGGCUGUCUUCGCUUAGCUGUCAUUUGUAGCCGACGGCUAAUGUUGAUCUCAGUCGGUGACGGCGAACCUGCAACAGACAAACCUAACGGGGUCCAGGGACGGCUUUCUUUUCAUCGUAUAUGUCGAGGGAUGGCAGUUUUUUAUUUUUUGUGGUCGAAAAUUGAAAUAUUAAAGUAAUUAUGGGUUAAUUUGUAUAUGAUUAACACUUGAUUAAACUAAAAUAUAUUGGAUUGAUGAAAGAAAUUUAUAAGGGUG